AUGCCUUUCAACAAGAAAUCAAAGAAACAUGUUCUGCGCAAAACAUGCGUUGCAUCAGUGCAUCCAGAAGCAAAUAUUCGCCUCAAAGAAGAACCAGAUCAAGUGUAUGGAAUCGUUGUGAAUGUUAUCAAGCCAAGAAGUGUGAUGGAAUGCCAAUAUGAUAUCGAUUAUGGAACUUCAAAAACUUUGAAAUGUGUGUUUAGAGGCCAUGUUCGCAAACCAAUCUAUUUUCAAGUUGGAGAGGUAUUGUUGUUGCAUUUGAGAGAUGGUGUUGAAUCAAAUACAGCCGAUGUUUUACAUCGAUACAAAGAAGAGGAAAUUGAGGUUUUGAAACAAAUGAAACAAUUACCCCUGCUACAAGGUUAUGCGUUGAAUUUUCAUCGUACCAUGCUCGCUCAACUGGAGAGACAAGAAUUUUCAAAAUUUAUUGAUUUAACUUUCUUAUUUACAAGUGAUGACGAAAUUAGUGGUAUAAUAAUAACACACAUUUAA